AGAUAACCAUACAAACAAUCAAUGUGCUUAUUGCAGCCACCAAAACCCUUUCCCUUCUCUUUGUAUGCCAACCCAUUACACCAGUCAAAACCAGCUGUGAUCAGAGGUGCUUUGGAUGGACUAGAUGAAGAGCGAAGGCAUACUAGCGCCUAGCUCGUUCGUCCACGACAUCAUGCGAGGCGGCCACGAUACCUUCGUCCGGAAUCAACGAGUUUGACUCUGUCUGCUGGAACCAUUCGGAAUUGGAGAAUUAAAGAAUUUAUUCCCAGACAUGCGCUGGGGGUGGAAGAGCAGGCUACUAGUAUGUCCUCAAAGUCUGUGGAGGCAAGAAAGGGUUUGGCCUUUGGUUGGACCGAGUUCGGGCUGGAUUCAAGCUGGCUCUUUACCUUAUACAGCUUUAGCACACCAUGACGAGCCUGCAGAGCCCGUCGAUUUUGCUCAAGUGGACUCCAAAUCAUCUCAACUUUCUGCAGGUGGACGACGGCCAACCUUUCUUAUUCCUGAGUAAUAUCACAGUAGAAACCGAUAAAGUUGACGAUGAAUUCCUGGAAUACUUUUUGAUUCCCACUCAAGAUGUACUCAACUUCCUCCAUUGCCGUUCCAGAAAUCGGACAAAUCCUUUCCGUUGGGUUUUCAGCUACCUCCAUCGCGUUCUCGAAGUCGCAGACGAUCCUCCCGCACAGAUAGGUCUCAUGGAGUCUCUUUUGGAGGCGCUGUUGAGUUUCAGCCCCAGGCGGACCAGACUAGUCACAAAAAGGGCCGAAUCUCUGAAAAUUGGAGGCAUGCGAAUCAAGUGCGACGGACUCUUCAGGCAAGACCAGUGGACACUCGUCCCGGUGGCGACAUUCUUGGUUUUGAAGGGGUCUGACGACGACAAGAUUCGCGAAAUUCAACAAAUCCUCGCCCAAGCAAUUCUUGCGUUCACUCAACAACCCGAGAUGGAUGAAUUUAUUGGCUUUGUGGUGUGCUCAACCGGAGCAGCGUUGUACUUGGCUGGUGCCCACAUCACCCGGGGCUACAUCGAAUCUCUUCGCAAAUAUCAACGACCGAGCCUACAUUUACAAGUCUGUCGCUCCGCAACCUACGAUCUGAAGAUUCCGGAUGGUAGGAAGGACGUAGCGAUGCUUCUGCUGAGGAUGCUGAAAUACUUGGACGAGAGAAAACUGCCCUAAAAGACUUCAUUCCACAACGUGUUCACCAAGGCAUGUUGGUCUUUCCACCCAUCGAGUUCUUAGGAUUGAGCAGUGGCUUGGCCUAGAAGUUCAGCGGGCUCUUGACCCAGUGGACGCGCUGUCCACUCUUCCGUCUCACCACUGGGUCGAUGGAUUCCGCCUUCGCUUCGCCUUUUGGCCUGAGAGCGAAUAAGACAGGCACGAUACCGUAUCGGUCCGAGCCCGUGAACCUUCCUUGUCGAGUGACACUGACGCCGCCGUCAUUUAUGACUGAAAUGGCCUGGCUAGUGCCAAGACGCACAUGCAUAAUCUGGGAACUGACCACGCUACAAGUAGUCAACCCGGGUAAGCAAAGGCAACGGUACGUAUUCAUACACCUGCAGAAGAUAUCUGAUCGAUCCAGUUACGGGGAUCAAGCCGUUGUCCUCAAAUAUGAGUAUUCUUCGAUCAGAGCUUCCAGUGUCUGCUUUGAUGUUUCCCCGGGCUUGUCCUCUUGGCUCGAACUCGACAAAUCGCUUGCAGUGCUUGGGUUCCUGGCGUGGCUUAUAGUGCCCGCUAUAUGAGCUGGUCGUGUCGCGAUUGCGGCCGCCACUCGGGAAAACAAGGUGCGAAAGGGGUUUAAUCUAUUUUUUUUUUUGCUGUGAGUUAAAUUCCUUCAGUUCGUCCUCGCUCGG